UAGUAACAUGACGAUGUCGUAACGAAUCAAAAGUGAAACCAAAAUUCUCCAAGUUUCUUUAUAUUUGGUUUUUUUCGCCGAAAAUUGUCUUUUUUAAAGGUUUUCUUUGAACUGUGAUUUUUUAAAACGAUUUUCUCCAAGUUUUUGAAGAAAAAAACAGUAAAUUUGAUACAAACUGAAAUUAACUUAAAGCGAUGAAGUUCCCACGGAGACUUUCACUGAAAUUAGCAACAUUCGAGCGUGUUUCCUAUCAUUGUUUACGGCUACUGGGCAUAUUAAUCGGUAUAGCGGCUAUUGUGUAUUUUAUGUACGAUACAAAAAGUCAUGGCGUUAACUCACAGACACGAUUAAUAAAGCGAGAACUUUUUAUCUUGGUCAUAUACGGUUCCUGGAUCAUUGGGAUAAUCUUGGAGAAUCCCGUGUUUAUGCUCUGCGUGCUAUACAUAUUGGUCGUUGCUUUGGCAUUUUUCAUCCUUGAACUUCUAUACGCACUAAUUCAAAUGUGUUACUUAUGGAUACACUACAGAGAUACCUCCGCCCAACUUUAUGAUUCGUUGGCUGCAUUUAGUUUGGCAUCUGUAUUUUGCCUGAUUAUAUUCCUGGUUCAUUACUUCAUUUACAAGUUCAUCAAAAAAUCCAUUGAAAAGCAAGAGCGCAAGAAUGAGGAAAAAUCUUUGUUGAAUAAAGGAAAGAAUGUGGGCGUUAACGAUGGGACCAAGUGCAAUAUUUUUCCAUGCUGUGUUUGAAUUUACAUCCAUCGCGAUUUAAGGACAAUAAAAUUGAAUAAUAACAAUAAUUUAACAUA